AUGGCGGGCGAGACCAUGCAGGCUCGCGUGGAGCGCGUCCAGGAGCAGAUCUUCGACAUCAUCAAGGAGUACACGUUGAGCCAUUGCCCCCCGAUUCUCCAGUUGCGCGACCAGGCGGUGCGAUUGUUGCGGAAGGAGGGUCUGCUGAGGCGCCAGAAAACGAAUGGGCGCUACGUGGCCGUGCACCCGCGGAACAGGUACGGCGAUGGCAUAAUUCCAUCCCACGUGCGCACGCUGGUGCGCAGUUUUUGCAGCGACGGGUUCAGCAUGGAUGAGGUGGGCGUGCCCUUUGCCAUCGAGAUGCCACCCCCAUCUCACCAGCGCCACGCCGAGGCACUCGAGUUCAACGGAGACCUUGUCAAGGAAUCCCACGGCUUCUUGCCGCCAUACGACGAGGGCGAGAUCAAAAUCCUUAGCGUGAGCAAGUCGCACACGACCCAGGCGACCCGCUGCAUUCAGUUUGGCAGCCCUACAGAUUCAGAUAACGUCGAGUUCGGUACCGACGGGAAGCUUGACAUCCACAAGAUCGGGUUGAAGCGCCCCACGUUGGCAGAUGCUGCGAAGGAGGGGUUUGAAUGGGACGUGCUUGUCUGGCAGGCUGAAGACGCAUUCGGCGCCAUUAUAGACUUGCUCCAGGAGUCUGGAAAUGCUGCGCAGAAGGUUUCCAUGAAUGAGACUAGGUGGGAGACCUUGUUCAAGAUGCACGGGGGCGUGCAGAAGAUCGUCACCAACUUCGAAGCCAAUAAAAAGGAGGGCGACAUCUUGAACCCCGGCGUCGCGUGGGGUAGGGCAAUAACAAAAGCGCAAUCCAGAAAUCCAGAUUUCGUUUCAGAGAUCCAGAGUUUGGCGACGUUUGCGAGGAAGCUCGCUGGUGGACCAGACGCACCGAAUUUGCAGGAGCUUCGGGCUUUCAACCGUUCGUGCCAGAAGCCGCGCAUUGUGCAGGGCCCGGUCUUGGCGGCGGUGGCUGAUGCAGUGAUCGGCUCGGAUGGUUUGGGCUGCAUUCCCUUCCGCAUUGAUUGCGUAAAGGCAAUGAUGAGCGCCGACAGCAAGUAUGCAUCGGGCGACUUUCAGAACCUCUUUGCAUCGGGUGACUUCGGGCUUAAGCUCACGAGUAACAAGGAAGUGCAGCGCGUGAUCUCGCAGGCAGACAUCAUGAAAUCGAUGGCUAUAGACAUCGCAAAAACUGUCAACCUGUCAGAAGACAACGCGGCCGUGAAGACGUUGAUCAACAGGAGCCAAAAGUUCGAGUCGCUUCACCACAUCGGCUACGAGUACGUGCAAGACCUGGCUACCAUUGCAGGCACGCAGAUCACAUCCCCGUGGGCGAAGAAAGGAGCCCCGCCCAAAGCUCCCGCGCAGCAAGCUGCGGCUUCUGCACAAGUGCAGAGCGUAGGCGGAAUCGCCGACAGGAUGCACAAAUUGGCAAGUAUGGGCGUGAGCGCCAAUUGCCACAUCGAGGUCAUCAAGAUGAAAACUGUAUUCAAGGUGCAGGAAGUCAAGGAGGAUGAGAUCAAGCUGCAGAGCAUCGGCGAUGGGAGCGACUACACAGUCGAUUCGGCAUACCUCCUGAAAUCGCUACUCACCCCGCGUGCACAAGAGUUCAAGGUAUACAUCAACGAUUGGAGUGCCAGGUGCGACCCGCGCUCGAACUCGGACUGGCAGCGCAUGGUGUUGGUUGGUCACGUGACGUCGGCGCUUGAUGCAUUGGGUAACCUACAGGGGGCAGCGGGCGAGAUGGUCGACAUCGUGACGGAGCCCACGGAGCACCGCGGCGUGCACGCCAAGGUUGACAUCGAUGUCUCCAGCGCGAUCUUCCCGCCCUUCUCGACCAAAGUUGCCUUCUCGGAUACAGCUCCAAACGGUGCCAUCGACGUCGGUGCGGAGAUCACUAAUGCGGACGGCGUCGCGCAGAAGCUUUACAUCUUCAUGAAGCUGCAGAAGCAUGAUCCAGGCGGCAUCGCGGACAACACGCGCGGCAGCUACAAGAUGGUGAAGAUAGAAGGGUUCAUGCCGCACUACUGGCUCAUUGACAAAGAGGUGACCGACCCCAAGAAGUCUAACAUGGCCAUCAAGCUUCACACCGUUGACGCCUCGGUCGGCGCGGAGAAGUUUACAUUGAAAAUACCGUUCCUGGAAAACACAAAACCCAUCAAAAAGGGUGACCAGCUUCGCGCACUGAAGCCGCAGGCGGCGAAGGCGCCGCCGAUGAAGAGGGUCCGCACGCAGUAG